AUGGCUCCGGGUUUCGGCGCCCUGCCCAAGCAUCAGGGCCGCUUAGGCCCGUUGGCGGCGAGGCACCUUCUGCACGGUUUCUUCAACUCCCACUAUGGCCUCAACAUCGCAGGCUUGGGCUUCCACAAUUCUCAACAGGAGAGCGACGUUGAGGCGGUGGAGGACCUCGCGCUGGUCAAGGACCGCGCCCCGAAGUUGCACCUGGCCCUGGCCAAGGAGGCGCCCUCCGUCCACGGGUUGAGUCUUCGAGAGCUGGCGGUUUACGCCGCCGUGCUGCAGAGGCACCGCGGCGGGCGGGAGGGGCCGCACGCGGUCGAACGCCCUUCCGGCGGAACUCGGAUGGACUUGCCGGGCUUGGCUUAA